UGUUUUUGUUGAUUUGAUUAUAUUUGUUAUAAGUUGAAUUUUCAUUUAUAAUGUUGCCAAUGCAGCGGAAAUUGCGAGAGCUCUUUGACUAUCUGCAGGUGCAGCAGCGUUUAAUCCUUUGCGGAUUCACCUUAUUAGCCAUUGUCAAUGCCUAUACCAUACGCCUGUGCUUGGAUUUCUCACUAGAUCGCAUUGUGCGGGACUGCAAUGAGUUGGCUGCAGUGAAUCCCGUUAGGGUUCCCACGAAUGCAAAGCCACUUUUGGGAAUCAAUCUGCAUACGGCGAGAAAUGCACCAGAAGGAUUUAGAAGGAGGACAACCCAGGCACGUAAAACUGGGCCACAAGAGGACUUGGGAAUGAAAUUGCCCUACAAUGCGACGAUCACAAUUUCGAACAGCGCCGAUGUCUGGACAAAGGAAGUGCAAGUUCUGGUCACCAUAUCCUUCUACACCGGCUACAUGAUCACCCACAUUCCGGGUGGACGCUUGGCGGAGCGUUACGGCGGCAAAUGGGUCCUGGGCUCUGCAAUAUUAUGCUCCGCACUUCUCACGCUUCUCACGCCCACAAUAGUUCGCAACGGUGGCCCCAAUGCACUCGUGCUCCUGCGCCUGCUAAUUGGCUUCUGCGAGGGACCCACCUUUCCGGCCGUGAGCGCUCUGCUGGCCCAAUGGGUGCCGGAGAAGGAGCGCGGCCUGCUCUGCAGCUGUGUGCUGAGCGGCGGCGAAAUCGGCAUCAUAUUCAUGCACCUGGUCAGCGGGCUGGCGCUCGAGGAGCACAACUGGGCCAUUGCCUUCUAUGUGGUAGGCUCCGGUGCGGUGCUCUGGUUUGUGGGCUUUAUUUUAGUCUGCUACAGCAAGCCGGAUGCCUCGCCGUAUAUACAAAACACCGAGCGGGAUUACAUCAAGAGUCAGGUGAGCGAUGAGCUCGUGACGGAUGAUGCGAACGCCAAUGAGGCCGUGCCCUGGAGCAACAUGCUCAUGAAUGCACCCAUUUGGGCGCUGAUAGCAGCCAACAUGCAGCAUGACUGGAAUCAGCACGAGCUGGCCCAGGAGCUGGAAAAGCUGCUACACGAACUCGAAGCCAAGGGCAAAUCAUUUUGGAUGGAACUGGAGGCCAGCGUGCAGCUGGCGGCCCCACAUCUCUGCAGCUGGCUGGCAUCGCUCACAUCCGGCACGCUCAGUGACUAUCUGAUUGCCGAGGGGAUACUGAGCCGUACGCAGACGCGUCGCCUCAUGUCGUGGCUGGUCUUUGUCAGCGUUUCGAUGUACAUGCUCCAUCACAAGGAGAACUGGGCGACUGCAUGGAGCAUUAUGGCCUUUGGAGCCUAUUACGCGGGCAUCAAGCUGCUGCCCCUGGACAUGAGUCCGAACUUCGCUGGCACCCUGAUGGGCAUCUCGAAUGGUCUGGGCGCUCUGCCCGGCCUGUUGCUGCCGAUGUUGCAGCAACUGGAAUCCGAGUAUGCCAUCGUGGGCAGCAUCCGUGCAGCGUUAUGGCUAGUCUGUGCCGGGUACAUAUCGGGUGAUGUGCAGUCCUAUAAUAGGGUGCGAAAUCGGCCACCGAACCGAACCUGAGCUCUCAAUGGUUAAUUACAAAUGUUUAUAUUGC